CUGUUAGCUGUACACAGGCAGACGUCGCAUCUUUAGUCUGACAGACGAGCAGCAGCAGCGAACAGGUGGUCGGCUUUGGAAACCUCUUGCCUUCAGGGAGGAUCCAAGCAUAAAUUCAGUCAGACAUGUUGGCGGCGUGAGGUGCAGCACAGACGGUACCUUUGCCUCACAUCUGUCACAUCUGUACUUCAGCCGCACCAGUCAGACAAACAGCCUGUGCUCCACAUUUGCAGACAGCCACAGUAGAAGCGCUGCAGCGACCACAGGCAUGAUGGGAGUCCCUGUGUGCUGUGUGGGGAUGCUGGUGCUGGCAAUCAUCUGUCACAGCCACGGUCUGGAAAGACAAAACCCACUGUACAGGUCCAGAAGGUCCCAAGAAAAUGUCUGGGCAAAUCCCAGUGAUUGUGGUUCCAGAACUAAACCGCCAAUGUUCUUAACAAAUGCCAACAACUUUUCUGUGGAUCUUCGAAUGCCGGGUGUCGUUCCAUCCGGGUCGGACACUUACCUGUGCAUGGCGUUUCCUGUACCAACUAGUCAAGAUGCAUAUAUUGUGGAUUUCAUUCCUCAUGCCAGUAUGAACACAGUCCAUCACAUGCUGCUGUUUGGCUGCAAGACUCCCGUCUCUAAAACCAACUACUGGGACUGUGGCAGUGUAAAAGGCACGUGUGAAGAUGAAGCCUCCAUUAUGUACGCCUGGGCUCGGAACGCACCGCCUACCAAAUUACCCAAAGAUGUGGGUUUUAAAGUUGGGAGACAUUCAGGAAUGUCCUACUUUGUGCUGCAGAUCCAUUAUGGUGAUAUCAGUGCUUUCAGAGACCACCAUAGAGAUUGCUCAGGACUUUCAUUAACCAUGACAACCAAACCGCAGCCUUUCAUUGCUGGCAUUUACCUGCUGAUGUCAGUGGACACAGUGAUCCUGCCGGGAAAAAGAGUCACAAAUGCAGACAUCGCCUGUGAUUACACUUCAUAUCCCAUCUACCCGUUUGCCUUCAGGACCCACACACACCACCUGGGUCAAGUGGUCAGUGGCUACAGGAUCCGAGAUGGGAGGUGGAGCCUGAUUGGACGACAGUCUCCUCAGCUUCCACAGGCUUUCUAUCCCGCUAACCAGGAUGUGAAUAUCAAAUAUGGGGACACUGUUGCUGCAAGAUGUGUGUUUACUGGAGAGGGGAGAACCUCCAAAACAUAUAUUGGCGGUACUUCUGCUGAUGAAAUGUGCAAUUUCUACAUCAUGUACUACAUGGACAGCAGACAUUCCAUUCCCUACAUGAACUGCAUGGAGCCCGGCUCCAAAGAGCUGUUUCAACGGAUUCCAGCUGAGGCCAACGUUCCCAUUCCUGUCAGUCCAAGCCAGAUGCACUCAAUGAUGCACAUGGGCCAGUCAGCAGAACAUGAAGAGAAGAUGUCACCAGUAAAGGCCAACAAUGGGGACCAGACUCUGGAUCAAGGUGACCUGUAUUCUCUAUUAUCCAAGCUGCUAGGGCAGAGCCAGGACGUAGUUCCCAUUCAUAAGUAUGACCCCAGUGACAUGCUUAGAGCCCAGGCUGAGCUGGUGGCUGACAUUAAUAGCAUAAUGCAAAACAAAGACCUGGGCUCUCCCAGUGCCAGACUAGCCUACCAAACCAGGGAGGAUCCGGUUUUGGUGAGGGACAGAGUCCACAAAUUCCAUCAGCUUGAGGCCAUGGCAAAGCCGCCAAGAAGCAAGCUGCUAGCUGAAGGACAAGAUUACCACUUGGAGCAGGUGACAGGAUGGCCACAGAGCUCUCUCCAGCUGGGUCAGGUGUCAGGACUGGCCCUGGACUCGGACUCCAACCUGGUCAUUUUCCACAGAGGUGACCACCACUGGGGGGCCGACUCCUUUAACCUCCAGGCUAAAUACCAGCAGAGGUCCCUGGGUCCUAUUCAACAGUCCACUAUUCUGGUUGUGGAUCCGGCCAAAGGCAACAUCCUGAAGGCGUCUGGAAGAAACAUGUUUUACUUGCCACAUGGAAUAACAACAGACAAAGACAAUAAUUACUGGGUCACUGAUGUUGCUCUUCAUCAGGUGUUAAAAGUGAGCAGUGACGGCAGAGACCGAACACUCGUUUCUCUUGGGGAGGCUUUCACACCAGGAAGUGACAGUAACCACUUCUGUCAACCCACCGAUGUGGCCGUGGACACGGAGACCGGAAACAUCUUUGUGUCUGAUGGAUACUGCAACGCCAGAAUACUCAAGUUUUCUGCCGACGGCAAAUACCUGACAGAGUGGGGCGCAGGCUCCUCGGACAGAAGGCGACGUGUCCCUUUCCAAAUCCCCCACAGCCUGGUGUUCCUCCCCGACAGACGGGAAGUGUGCGUAGCGGACAGAGAGAACGGACGCAUCCAGUGCUUCAUCGCUGAAACCGGAGAAUUCGUCAAGGAAAUAAAGAAAGAGGAGUUUGGAGGGGAGGUGUUUGCCAUCACCUACAGCCCUGUUGGAGAUGGCUUGAUCUUUGCAGUAAACGGUGAAUCUCCAUAUGGUCGCUCGGCUCCUCUCAGAGGUUUUGUCAUCGACUAUUCAACCAAGAAUAUCGUGGACACCUUCAGUCCAGAGAAAAAGGAGUUUAAAAUGCCCCACGACAUCGUUGAAACCAGGGACGGCAGCGUCUUUGUCGGGGAUGCAGGGAGUAAAUCAGUCUUCAAGUUUACCACUGAGAAAACACAUCGCUCUGUUAAGAAGGCUGGGAUUGAAGUUCAAGAGCUGGAAGAAGUGGAGGCGUUUGUUCAAGCCAAAGUGAAACCACAGCAUAACAUGUCCAAAGCCCCCGCCGCAGUCCAGGAGAAGCAGAGUGUUGUUCAACAGCCGCCGCCGCCACCACCACCGCCCCACGAAGAGUCAAAAGAGGAGAAGAAGAGUUCAGCCGAGCCAAACAAAGAGCAGGACGUCUUCCCAGUGGUGAUCACCAUGCUGCUGCUCAUCCCUCUGCUGCUGGUCGUAGCCAUGGGAGUUUUCAUCUGCUGGAGAAAAAAACACCGAUGUGAGGUGAAGACUGAGCCCAGCUCUGUAGGAGGCAUCUUAGGAAAACUGAGAGGUAAAGCCGUGGGCAGCCUGAACCUGGGGAACUUUUUCGCGUCCCAUAAAGGCUACAGUCGUCAGGGCUUCGACCAGCUGAGCACCGAGGGCAGCGACCAGGAGAGGAACGACGAGGAGAGCAGCGACUCCGAGAACGAGGAGUACUCCGCCCUGCCGCCGCCGCCACAGCGCUCCUCCUCUUAGAUGGUUUGUCCACCCUCCGCUUUCAUUGCCAGGAUGUUAUCCAUCAUGUUCGUAACUGUUGUGUUAGUUGCCAAUAUAGUUUAUAUAUUUGAAUAUGUACUGUAUAUACAAAUUAUUUGGUAUUAUUUUGAAGAAUUAUUUAAUUUUUAUUUAAUUUACCAUGGGUCUUAACACAGCCUCACAUAUGUCCAAAAGCAAAAUCAAGCAUUGAAUGGAAUUAUCACUAAAAAUGCUUGACAAUUAGGACUCGUUAUCAGGU